AUGGCCCCCGCCGGCGCCUCCUCCUCCUCCUCCUCUCCGCCUGCUCCCGGGGCCCCGGAGCCCCUUCCCCGCCGCGCCCUCCGGAAGCUGCUGCUGCUGCUGGGCUCGCUGCUGAUGUCGCUCUACGCCAGCUACUGCCUGGCCGGCGCCGCCCGCCUCCUGGCCCGCGCCCCGGCCCCGCUCCCCCCGGGCCCCGGACUCCAGGCGCCCCGACUCCUGGCCAUGGCCCUCCCCGCCCCCGACGGAGCCCAGCGCCUCCCGCAGGCCCUGAUCGUCGGCGUCAAGAAGGGCGGCACCCGCGCCCUCCUCGAGUUCCUCCGCGUCCAUCCCGACGUCCGGGCCGCCGGCGCCGAGCCCCACUUCUUCGACAGGAACUACCAGAGAGGGCUCCCCUGGUACAGGGAAUUGAUGCCAAGGACUCUUGAUGGGCAGAUCACCAUGGAAAAAACGCCCAGCUACUUUGUCACGAAGGAAGCACCUGCCCGUAUCUCUGCCAUGUCGAAGGACACCAAACUCAUUGUGGUGGUGAGAGAUCCGGUCACCAGAGCCAUUUCUGACUACACGCAGACGCUGUCCAAGAAGCCUGAUAUCCCCACCUUUGAGAGUCUGACUUUCAAAAACAGGACUACAGGCCUUAUUGAUACCUCUUGGAGUGCCAUCCAGAUUGGCAUUUACGCCAAACAUCUGGAAAACUGGCUCCUGUAUUUUCCCAUUGGGCAAAUCCUCUUUGUCAGUGGGGAGAGACUGAUCAGUGACCCAGCUGGUGAGUUGGGCCGCGUCCAGGACUUUCUGGGCCUCAAGAGAAUCAUCACGGACAAACACUUCUACUUCAACAAGACCAAGGGUUUCCCUUGCCUGAAAAAGGCAGAAGGCAGCAGCAAACCUCACUGCCUGGGCAAAACAAAAGGGCGGACCCACCCCAGCAUCGACCAGAAGGUGGUGCAGCGGCUGAGGGAGUUCUACAGGCCCUUCAACAUGAAGUUCUACCAGAUGACUGGGCAUAACUUUGGCUGGGACUGAGGCUGGAAUAUUAUAAUUUAAACAAAUAAAAAGAGGAAAAAAUCUAUAUUUUUGUACAUAUCAACAGAGAGGGGAAGUUAAUAUUUGAGCAAAUGUUUGGUGGCCCCAAUUAUUAUUUCAUUUGGAAGCAAAUAUUACAGUUUUCUAUUUUACUUGUUUUAAUUGUUCAGGAUUUAUUAGUAUCCAAUUCAGAAGACUCUCAGUUGAGGUCUGGCUGAUGAGACCAGUAUGUGGCCUAGAUAAAUAUAUUUCCAGUUUUCUAUGUCAUCUUUCUUUUAUUUUCUCUUUUAAAAAAAAGUCAUUCAGAGCCAUCCCUCUGUUAAUCCCAAAGUCAGUGGCCAGACUUCUUUAAACAUGGCACAGGGGUUGAUCAUAUUGGGGCUGUACAUACCGGCAGGGAAAGGCCACCUCUCUUUGCUGUGCCGCAUUGCCGGAACAACCAAACAGGGCGGCAACACAGCGCAGCAAAAAAGGAGACACCCUUAUGAUGCCGCUUCCGCCUAGAGUCAUGAGGAUGCACUAUGUGAACGGGCCACAGCCUUGUGACAAGGGCGCUGAUAUUAGGGCUCGACACAUAUAGAUGCUGUGCUGUAGCAAGUCCUAAUUUUGGCAUCAGGGCGUCACAAAGCAUCCAUGUGUACCGCUCCAUUAUUGACCAAAAUAAUUAGAACUGGAAAGGUCCCCCCCCUCAAUGAGUCUCAUGAUAUAAAUUAAGUGAACACCUAUCUGGUUGGCUGAUAUUGGAGAGUUCUGUAUUCAGGUGUAACCCAUCUGAUCUCCUCAUGACUUAAAAAAGCCACUGUAGUAUAACUUUAUUAUUAUUAACCUUUAUUUAUGAAGCGCUGUAAAUUUACACAGCGCUGUACAUGCAAUCUUUUUAGUUAGACGGAUCCCU